CAAUUUCAAAUCUCACAAAUGGACAUAUAGCUUAUGAACUUGUCAACUAUUCUUUAUUUGGAUCCUAAAUUAACUAAUGAAGAAGAAUCAUUGUUAAAAAAAUAUGCUCUUUUAAAUAAAAAAAAGGUAUUGAUACUCGAAUAUGAAAAAUCUAAGAUAUUGAUUAAUGACAUUGAAACUCCAACACAAUCAAUUGAGAAGGCAAAAGAAGUUGCACAAAAAUUAGUAAAAUCUGGUGUUAUAGAUUUAAAACUAAAAGUUUCUAAAGAAAAUCAAGGCUUUAAGAGAUCCAAACAUUUGGAACGUAAAAUAAAGGAAUCCGAACAAUCUCAAUCCCAGCUUCAAAAUGAUUCAGAUCCAAUAUCCACUCCAAAAUCUCAACUUUUCCAAAAACGUUCAAAUGCCAAUUACAACAAGCCCUGCGUCAAUCAAGAUUUUGAUUAUGUGGAAAAUGAUGGCUCCAACAUCGUACCUUCUCCUUUUCAUGCGCCUCCACCCUCUACCGUUAUUCCUAGGAAAAAUACUGCAGCCAAUGUUCCCUUGAAUAUCACGACCCAACUACAAAAUCAAAUCAAAGACCCUUCCACGUACAUUCCCAAGAGGCGCACUUCCUACCUGAAUCCUCCCAACAAUACCCUCUACAUAUCCACCAUGGUUUUGAAUAGGUCUGGACCAACGGGAACCUUGACCGAACCCCUCAUAAACUCCGUAUUUUCUCAACACAAAUUCUCAAAAUGCAACUUUCAGGGCAGACACAACAGGGCCUUCCUUUCCUUCGAGAGUAUACAAGUGGCUGAAGAUAUAAUCAAAAAGCUUCACAAUACCGUCGUCAAAAACGAAGAAACAGGCGAGGACGUCCAUCUCAUAGUAUCCUACGCUAGACAUAACGCUUCCAAUGUCAACACCAAGAAUUCUGCCUCUGUAAAUAACGCCAUCUCUUACCCCGAUAACAAAAAAAUAUCCACGGACCAUCGAAACGUCCCCUCUUCCCUUAGCCAAACUCCAAGCCAAUCCGAAUUGGACGCUUCCAUGCCCAUUCCAUCCAAACAAAAAUUUAAACGCAUUUCUAACCCUUGGGGAGCCUCAACCUUUUCGGGCAACUUGAAUUCCAACUUGCCUAAAAAUGACAUGGCUCUCACGCACAAUAGCAGGGAUUUAGAUAAUGAUAAUAAUAAUGGUCGAGAUAAAAUUCCCGCAAGUUUUUACGACGAUCGCGCUAAAAAUAUACCUAAAACCCCGGAAAACGUUUCUUCAAUCGAUCAAAAUUCGAAUAACAACGUGCAACAAGACGAUGUUAUAGAAGAAAAUCCCUUUCGAAAUUUGAUUCAAUAUGAAGAAAUCGAUUUUUGA